AGGUCGGAUUAGGCGAUGACUUUUCUCCAUGUAACGAGUUAAUCUUAGCUGUCGACUCCGAUCGACAAUGUGAAGCACGUGUUCUUCUCCAGUACCAUGUUAACCUCGAUUCAAACAUCUGUUUUGAAUCGAUCCUAGGGCAAGACAUUCUCAACCACAAACAACGCCGUGCGUUUUUGUGAACUUGGGCUGACAUGUGUAAUCUCCCAAGAGAAUAGGACUCUGCUGAUUCUCUCCAACAAGAAAACCAACUCCUCCACGCUCGCACACCUAAGAACACCUCAGGGAAACACGUCCAUCGAAAUCGGCCCUCGUCUUUUACUCAGUCUCUCUUCAGACUCAUUCACACCAUGCCUCUUAGCUAAUAUCAGUUUCCACUCCCCUCCCACACCUUCCCUUCUCCUCUCCGAGUCCUGCCGAUAAUCCUAGCGCUCCCAUCAAUCCCUGCUUCGCUUCUCAGAACGAAAGGAAAUGACCCUGAAGGGUGGCGCCAGCCAGGCAUGUGCGGCGUGCAAGUACCAGAGGAGGAAGUGCAAACCAGACUGCCCUCUAGCUCCUUUCUUCCCGGCCGACCAGCCGGAGAUCUUCCGGAAUGUGCACAAGUUGUUUGGCGUGAGCAACAUCCUAAAGAUAUUGAAAGGCCUGCAUCCUAACCAGAAGCCCAUCGCCAUGAGAUCCAUCAUCGACCAAGCGAACAUGCGCGAUUGGUACCCGGUGCACGGUUGCUACGGCCUCAUCCAGAACCUGCAGUACCAAAUACAGCAGGCCAAGGAAGAGCUCCAUGCCAUUUACGCGCAGCUAGAGAUGUACAGGCAACAGAACCAGGUCUCUCCGGUCCCUGAAGACGUGCCUUCUCAGCUGGAAUUGGGCAUGGCCCCACCAAACGGCGCGCUUCCCCUGUUCCACCAAACGCAGCAGCAGUGCAGCGCUGCGGCCGCCUUGCCCGUUCCGCAAGAUCACUGCGGUAACAACGGAGGCGUAGCUGGUUACGACAGCUCCAGUGACGUGGUGCCCAAGGAUAAUGUCGAGAAUGCCUUGUGGAUGCAAAAUCAAUACGCUAAUUACAGCAACAGCAAUGCAAUUCAGAUGGCUGCAUCGCAGCCGAUGGACGUGCAGCAAGAAAUAGUCCAAGACUACGAUGAACUCCAACCUUUCUUCGACACCAUGGACGAUACACAGUCUUAUAAAGAGGCAUGCGACUCGAGCUCGGAAUCAUCAUUGAAGGAUACAAGGCAAUCCAUCAAGCAUGCUGGCAACAACGAUUUGAAGAGCGCUGCCGCAUGCUUCAGCCUCACCAGUGUCAACUGAUCAGACAACAACUCGAAGGGUCUACCCUUUUUUCUGAUCAUUAGUUUUGUUACUGCAGUUUCCGACUUUUCUGAGUUCUCCUUUUUCCUAUUAAGAAAUGCCGAACAUCAAAUAGAGCGUAGGGUACGGCAUGACAUACUUUGCUGCUUGAUGCCUAAAUUAUCGUACUGUGGUCAAUU